GUAUAAUAAAAAUGAAGAAGAUUAUUGCUCUUCUAAUUCUUGCACUCGUUUUUAGUGCAGGAAAUAGUACAGAUCCGAUAACAGCUUUAAGAGAAAGGUCCAAAGAUGGACACUCUUUGUUUGGGUUUGAGAGACAACUAGGAUCUCUUUGGCAAAACUCUGUAACGUGAGGUGUCUGCCACGCAGGUUUGAAUGUUAUGGAUUAUAUUAUGGGCAGUAAAAUUGUGAGAAAAUCCUUGGAGACUACAGUGUCUUUGAUCUGCUCCAUAUUCUCUGAGUAUGAAGUAUGCCAUGGAGCUAUUACUGAGAUGGGUGAUGUAAUCUGGCCACAGAUUUUCAGCUUCUUAUUUGGAGCCAAAUACAGUUGAUCCAGAUUCGCUGGGGUAUGAGCUAGUCCAAAAUAUAUCACAUUAGACCCUCAAAAUUAUAUCGAUAGGGUACUUUCUGACAAACCAGAAUUUUUGAAUGAUAAUAAUUAUGUUGACCUUCAAUACCAGAAAAUAGCUCAAGAUAAGAAGCCAAGAAAAAUAGUGAAAGUUAUGCAUAUUUCAGAUGUCCAUCUUGAUUUCAAUUAUUUAGAAGGAACAAAUGCUCAAUGUAAUGAACCUUUGUGCUGCAGAGCUUCAAGUGGAAAACCAAAGAACCCAGAGGACGCUGCAGGUAAAUUUGGAAGUCUUGCUGAUUGUGAUCUUCCUCCAAUCACAGGAGAGAUGGUAUUCGACUUUGUUAAGAGUCUUGAUGAAAAGCCUGAUGUUCUAUUUUGGACUGGUGACAACGUUGCACAUGACAUCUGGAAUCAAACUUCUCAUGAAAAUUCUGAUUAUACAGUAAAGAUUAGUGAGUGGCUCCAAGAGCAUCUAGGAGAUAUCCCUGUAUACCCUACUCCUGGAAACCACGAGUUCUUCCCAGUUAAUGCAAUGAGCUUUGAUGAGAAAGACGAUGUCAUUGAACAACUUUCUAAAGUCUGGAAAAGAUGGCUAGAUGAUGAUGCUUUUGAAUUAUUUAAAAAGUAUGGUUACUAUUCAAUGCCAUUAAGAGGAGAAACAGAAACAUGGGAUGGCUUCAGAGUCAUUGCUUUAAAUACUGAGACAUGCAAUCACCAAAACUGGUAUCUAUUCAGUCAACUCAAUGAUCCUGGAGAUAUGCUUGCAUGGGUUGAGGAGGAGUUCAAAAAGCUCGAGCAAAGUGGAGAAAAAGCUUUUGUCAUUGGACAUGUUAAACCAGGAGAAGACGCUUGUUUGUAUGAGUGGUCGAUGAGAUACAGAGCUUUAGCUGAAAGAUACCAACAUGUAAUCGUUGCUAAUCUAUUCGGACAUACUCAUACGGAAGAUAUCAAUUUAUUCUCAGAUAGUACUAAUGAAAAUAUCACACACAUGGUGUUUACACCUGGUAGCUUGACAACAUACAGUGAUCAUAAUCCUCAAUUCAGAAUAUAUGAUAUUGAUUAUGCCACUGGUUACCCUGUAAGGGCACACAAAUAUUUCUUCAACAUUACACAAGGUAACCUUGGAGACCCAAAAUGGGAGAAACAAUAUGAACUGACAGAAGAAUAUGGGCUCGAAGACAUGUCUCCAGCAAGUUUCCUAAAGCUUACAAACAGCUUUAAGGAAGAAGUUGGCCAAGUUACCAAAUAUCUUUGGAACCAGAAUGGAAGAGCUUUCGACAUUUCCAAAUACGACUGCUCAGAUAAUGAAUGCAUGAUGAAAUAUUACUGCAUGAUUAGAAACAUAAUCUAUCUGGAAUCUAAGGAUUGCUUGGGCAAGAAGAGACUAGACUUCAUCUACGACCUAGAGAAAUCUCUCUACGAAUGGUUCUUUGGCCCAUGGGUCGAAAAGAUUGAAUAA